AUGGCUGAUGGCUAUGAUCCACGCAAAUCUAAAGUCAGUGAUGACACCAUGGACACCUGGAGAUCUUCUCAGGUCACUGGAGACUUGAAAGAGGUCCCUGGAAUCGGGCCUGCUGCCGUCAAGAAACUUGCUGAGAGCGACGACGGUCCCGACAGAAUCACCAACACCUACCAACUCUUUGGAAAGUUCCUCAUGCUCAAGGGACCUGGACACGGGGACGAGAUCGAAGUGGAACCCCUGGAGCACACUCAAAAGUUCUGGGAGUUUCUCAAGAACCGCGGCAUCACGGCCCACCGCUCCGCCAUUGUCAAGGCGAUUGCCGAGAAGUCGGCCACUUUCUUCACCGGUAUCUACGAUGCCAAUGACUACGAGGAUGACGAGGAUGAUGAGUAA